AUGGGGCCAGUUGCUACCCUAAUCAAUCCAGCAACUGGAAAGUGUACAUGUUUACCCAGGUUUCCUUUUAAAGCUGGAACCUUUGAUUUUAGGGUGAAAACGAAAACGUACAUUGGUUUUGACCAGGAGGGUUUGAAAUUCAAAGUUUUGGGUUUGUCGAUUGGUGAAGAGGGGGAAGCUAAUACAUACCAAAUUCUGAGUCUUGAUCUUGAUGUUGAGUCUUGGAAGUGGAGAGAGGUGAAUUGCCCUAUUGAACAUUCAGUACCAGUGAUAUGUGACACCAAUUCGAUUUGUAUCAAUGGGAAUCUGUAUUACACAGGCCGCCUGCCCAAUAGAGAGGCUGCGGUGAUCCAGUUCGAUUUGGCUACUGAAUCUUUUUCCUCAUCAAAUCCCAUACCCGAGAAGCCAAGAUUGGGCAUGGACAUGUAUAGCUGGGAGUCAGGGUUACUUAACGUGGAUGGAAAGGUUGGUGUUUCUGUAGCUCUGCCACAUCAUAAGUCCCGCCUGUGGGUUCUUGAAGACCCAGUGAACAACAAGUGGUCGAGCAUCAUUGUGUCCACUCCCCUCUCCAUCCUCGGGCCAUCCACAUUUGUCAACCGCAUAAUUUUCCAGGGUUUCACAAGAAAGGGGCUCUCUAUCUUCUCACAAGGGCAAGGACCAACUCUAUGUCUCUAUUACCACAACAAGGAGACAGAGGAAGUUCAUACUGAUCAUAUAGCAAGAGCCUACAUGUGGCAAAUGUUCACUUUCUGGAAUUAUGUUCACACUUUCAUGUUUGCUUAG